AUGAUAACUUAAAUCGAUAUAAAUAAUCCUUAAUCCAAUCACAUUUCUUCUGAUGAUGAACCAAAACAGCAUUCCAACCCAGGAUAAUAAGAAUUAAAAAAGCUUAAAAAAAUUAUUGAUUUUACAAAAGAAGAAUUUGAACAAAUUAGAAAAGAAUUUUAAGAUUAAUACAUAAAUGUUUCAUAAUUUGUCUUUAUUUUGUAAGAUAUAAAAAAAGCUGAUGUACAAACUUUAGUCUAUUUCUAUUAACUUAUUGAUACUUUAGAAAAAAACCUCGUAAACUUUGAAUAAUUUUCAAAUUUUUUGGUUGAAAUGUAUGAUUGGAUUAAUAGAGAGCAUUCAUUAUAUACAAUAAAGUUAAAAUAAAAAGAGAUUGAAGGGUAAAAGAUUAAUCCUAUUGAUAAAAUGUUUGAAAUAGACGGCCAAUUCGCAUAUUUAGAAUAAAAUUAAAAAAAAUUAUGCAUUUUAAAUCCAAACACUUUUGAAGAAAUAACUUAAAUAUCAAUUAGCAAUAUUAGCAUUUUAAAUGUUCUAUAUAUAAAAGAUUUCUAAACUUUGGUGAUGAGCAGUAAUGACAAAUUCUUAAAUUUUUAUGAUUUGAAAGCUAAUAAACUAUAAAGCAGGUUUUAAGUUCCUGAAUUAUAAAGCCAUUUAUAAUAUAGUUAAGAAAAUAAAGUAAACUAUUUUUCAUAUUUUAAUAGGUUUUAUACACAGCAACAGAUAAUGGGUCUAUCUAUUCAUGGGAUAUAGAGAAAAUAUUUUCUAAAGAAUUUUUAGAGUUUAUAAAAUCUGGGCCAAAGUUAUCAGAUUGUUUCAAAUUAGUUAUUGUUGAUUAACCUUUAAUGAUAGAAGAAUAAAAAAAAUUAGAUAAAUAAGAAAAUAAAGAUAAAUCAGAAAAAUAAGAUGGAUUGGUUAAAAAAGGCAUAACAUGUAUGUUGUGCAUAGAUUGCUUAGAAAUAUUAGCAGUAGGAUCAAAUGAUACUUUAAUAAGACUUUACGAAAACAAAAUAAAAACAACAGAAAAAUAAAAAAUGGCAGACACUAAAAAAACUAGGAUUGGAAUUAAGAAAACUUUAUCUGGUGAUCACAAAGUUUUGCAAGGACAUAAAAAAAGAAUAAAAUAAUUUUCCUAUUGUCCUGAGUUUAAAUAUUUAAUAUCCUGUUCAUAUGAUUAUGAUGUAGUUAUUUGGAAUAUAUAUUUGGAACAUCCAGUGGCAAAAUUAUUAGGUCAUGAAGCUUCAUUGGUUUCAGUUUUGAGUAUUAGUAAAAGAAUACCAAUAAUUGUAUCAUGUGAUAUAAAAGGUGUAAUCAGAGUUUGGGAUCCAAAAACUUUUCAAUCCAUUUAACAUAUUAAAUUAGAUGAAACAAACAACAAUAUUAAAUCAAUAAUUUAUUUGAAAUAAAAAGAUAUAGUUAUUGUUGGGUGUAGAAAUUUUUUAAUGUAUGAAUUUUAAUAAUCGUUUGAUCCAAAUGUUACAGAUGAUAUGCCUAUUUAAUGCUUAUGUUAUUCAAAUAAAUAUCUGGAAUUACAUAUAGCAACAAGAAAAACUAUAAAAACUUGGUGCAUGAGAACUGGAUUGAUAAAAAGAUUAAGUGGAAACUUUAUAAAUCAUGAUAUUUAAUCUUUUUGUUUAGAUUAUACACAAAGAAGAGGCUUUAUAGGAACACAUUUAGGAAAUAUCUUGUAAAUUUUAAUCUUAUUUUAAGUUGCGUAGAUCUUUUAACAGGUAAAGUCAUUAAAGAAAUGAAAAAUAACUUUCUGAAAGAGAUUUCUCAUAUUUCCUAUAGUUAAAUUUACCAUACUUUAAUUGCUUGUUCAUGGGAUAAAUAAAUAAGAGUUUAUCAUGAUGAAGACAAUAAAGAAAUAAUAUUAAGAAAUAUUAAAAAUGCACAUCCAUCUGAAAUAUAUUGUGGUGCAUUCUCUGAAAAUUUAAUGUUAAUAGCUACAAGUUCAAAAUAAUAAGAAAUUCGAAUCUGGGAUUUUGAAAAAGGAACUUAAUUUUCAAGACUUAAAGCUAGCGGAGAAGUAUUAUAUCUUAAAUUUUUGGAUCCUUAUCCAUUAUUAGCAUGCUCAGACCAUUAAGGUUAAAUUGUUAUUUAUAUUGUUUUGUCAAAUGAUCUUGCUUUACCUCCAAAUUAAUCAAAAUCAUGUGCUGUUAUUUGGAAAAAUAUGUUUACAAUUAUGAAAGCAUCUCCAGUUUAUUCAAUAGAAUUUAAUAACAUUGAUACUUGUCUGCUGAUAGGUGACGAAAAUGGUGAUAUUAGAAGUUUAUCUAUUUCUCAAAUUAUAAAGAAUUGUAACAUUAAAAAAAUUAAGCAUUCUGACAUUGCUCAAAAUAGAAAUCCACACAGAUUUUUUUAGCUCAAUUACUAAGAAUAUGAUUUUUAAUUAGAAUCAUUAUGUCCUUUAUUGAGCGAAAGGAGUGCUUGUCAGGUAGCUGUUUGGAAAGCUCAUAAAACUUAAAUAAAAUAGAUUUUAGUAAGUUAUGAAUUUCAAGAAGGUCUAAUAAUAUCAUUAUCACUUGAUAUGUAGGUUAAAAUUUGGAAUAACGCAGGAAAACUAUUAUUAAUUUUAAAAUAAGGCUAGAAUUAACCUUAUAAUCUAAUAACUAUUUCAAAAUUUAAAACAAAAAAUUAAUCUUUAAUCGAUUAAGUUGAGUCAGAAUUACCUAAAUGUAACCAUUUAUUUCCUUUUAUGUUUAGUAAGAUCUGCUGUGCCAAUUAAAAAAACUACUCGAUUCAGAUCAGUUACUCAACAUGAUAAAAAUAAAACCCUUCUAGGAUUUGACUUUAAAGAUUAACAUAAAUAACUAGAUUAAAUUGAUAGUUUAUCUAUAUUCUAGACUUUGAAGGAAUUAGAAAAAAUGGAAGAAAAAAAAGAACUAAGAAAAAAAAGAGAACAAGAAUAAUCUCUAAAAGACCAGAAAGGAAUAAGCUACUUUAACAAUAAAAGAUAAUAUUAUUGA